AUGUCAUUGUCCUUUAUGGAUCAAUGGAGACUCAUUGAAGCCAAUCCAGUUUUGUCUGAGCAGCAACGACAGGAUUCGUUUUUUCAACUAGCUUCAAGCAUAGUGCAUUCAACCGACUUGACUACAAGUGACGAUGUUCACAACUAUACCGAUUCGAGUAUCCGACAGCAAUCCCACCUUCUAUCCACUGCAGCUCUUGCUCCUCGUGCACACAAAAAGCUUCGUCUUCGAGGCCAGUCUCGCUCCAAUUGGGAGCUUGACAGUCAUACUGCCGUAAACUGUCGCUGUGAUCCUACUCAACACCAUUCCUGUCAUGCACAUCCUGCUAAUGCUCAUAUGGCUACUAAAGCAAUAAUAGUGCUUGGAUUUCCCCAUUUUCCUACCGAUAUACUUUUUCAAAUAUUUGGCUUGUUGGAUGCUCAUAGCUUAUUACUCGUAUCAAGUAUAUGCAAGGAAUGGCAUUCUAUUGUUUGUGCAUUUGAUAUGACCUACUGGCGGUCGCUAUGCAAACGUACAUGGGGUAUCAUAACAAAUUCACUUAUGGCCUCAUCUUGGAAAGAACUCUACAUGAUGCAUGAUAAUAUACAUAAAUGUGGUGAUGGUUUAAAUUCAAAUCGCUAUUUGUUUGCGUCCUUCAAAAACAAGUUUCAAAUCCUACCAGAUACUCCGAAUCCUGAAACUGCUUCUAGUAAAAAUCCUAAAAUCACCCAAUCGCAAAAACACACACCAAGCCAAAGGUCAAAUCUAUUUGCGUGGCCUACUAACCCACAACUCACCUAUACUGUCGCAAUCAGCGGAGAUGUCAUUUGCUGGGUCAAUGCCAUGGCAUACUCGACAGAUCUAAAUGUUUCAAUUCUUGGUGCACAUCACACUACCAUUGAAAACAGUGCAUCUUUUUCCACACCACAAUCGCAUACUCUCGCGUCAACCCUUCCUGGUGCGUAUCCUUCAUCCGCCUCCACUUCAUUGGUUGGUGCUGUUGAUAUUGUUCCGCCUGCUGCUGAGCCAUUGACGUUUGGACUACCUUCUACACCAUUUGUUAAACCUCAGCACGUGCUUCGUGGACAUACUCGACCAGUGAGUCUGGUUUUGGCCAAUCACGAUGGAAAUUUUGUAUCGUUUGAUGAUUCUUCGGCUAUUUUUGUAUGGCGUAUUUCUGAUUUCACCGAACAUUCUCGCAUUAACCCCAUUGAGCAACUUGGUGUGAUUCACUCCAUGAACGUCCACAAACGGCAUAUUGUUGGUGGCGGGCAUUCAGGAAAAGUAGUUGUAUGGAACAUGGACACUACAGAUGUCAUAGCAAUCUUUUCUGUCCCAGAUCAAUACAUUGGCACCAUAUCUCCCACAGAACUACUCAAUGUCAGUAUAUGGGAUGACUACGUGGUGUGCGGAUUGUAUGAUGGUACAUUUUAUGUUCAUUCGAUCAAAUCUAAAAAGCUCGUGUACACGCUAUCCAAUACGAAUGUUCCUAGAACGCUGCAAAAUGGAUUGAAUUCUGUUGUUCAAGAUCUUGCUGCAACGGCUGAACCAAUAGCUGCAGAGACUAUUGUCCCCGCACCCGUAUCCUCUAUACAAACAAGUGAGCCUCAUUUUUCCACGUAUACUGGCACUGGUGCACCCAAUGGCAUUGAAACAGUAGCAGAUGCGCUAGGCGAAGCGGGUACCAUUCCUGUCGAAUCUCACGUAGGAUCAGGCACUACUCUAACCCUGUUGCAUGAUGCUACUGCAGCACUCGUGACGGAACCGAUUGCUGCACCCAUACAAGUAAUGCAACCAGUCCAUGCGGUUACACACAUCCCACCAGCACCAGUUCUUAUUCCCCCACCACUGAUAUUACCUCAGCGUACUUCGCAUGUUCCCAUGACUCUAGCCAUGAAUGGUCACAUUUUGAUCACCAAUGGUGCACAUCACAACGAAAUUGCAGUAUGGGAUAUGACUACAGGCAAACCGCUUUACACACUAUCAGAAUCUAUUGCUCUUGCUAGAGAUGGCUAUUCCAUCCCCGAUUACAGAGAAAUUCGAUUUGCAGAGCUAUCCCACUGCGGAAGUUGUAUGUUUUCCUCAGUAGCCUUUGAAGGGAAUCUGGCAAUGCUAGUAUGGGAUUUCCGACUAAAAAAAACAUGCAAGCGAGUAUUUUCCAAAUUGGUAUUGGAUGAACACGCUCAGAUUGAAGUUUGGAUAUGUGAAGAAAGUUGCUGAAAUAUGAUGUCUGCAGAUUCUCCCGACUUUUUUCGUUCUUGUCGACGUGUUCUCCUAUUGUAUAUAACUGUAUUUUGGUGAUAGUCUAGUGCAGAAUGUGUCUUGGUUGACAUUCUAUUGCCAAUGUUUAAAAAUAAAAGCAGGUUAAAUCAU